GAGGAGUCGCUAACGGAAUCACUCAUGAACCUCGGCCAUUCACCUGCAUCGGGCGUCUCUGUCGCCCCUCCUGCCGCUGACGUCGCCGCGUCUCGCUCGCACUAGCGGCCACUCUCUACAGCAGACUUGCGCAAGCGUCUCGGGGAACUCCUCAUGAAUCGCAUUGUUGUGUUCUACCUGGCGCCGACUAGUUCAAGUUCAAGUGCUAAUGUUAUUGAGCAAUCAGUUGUCUGCCGACCAGCCAAGUGACAAACUGCUGAUAUUUUGGACCUAGAGAUUCUACGCUAUUUACAGAUGUUGUUGGUGUCGGUGGUGCAGUGAGGUGACGCAGCCGACGCGGACAUGACGGCGGGCGCGGAGCCGCGGGCCCCGGGAGUGGUGGAGCUGCGCGAGGACGUGCCGCUGAAGGGCGGGGGCGCGGGGGCGUGGGGCGCGGGGGCGGGGGGCGCGUGCGCGGGGGGCGGGCUGCGCGCCGUGGUGGCCAGCUUCGCCGCGCUGACGGCCGCCAUCACGCUGGCGCUGCUGGUGCAGGUGUACGCGGGGGUGGGGACGGGGGCGGCGGCGCACGGGGCGGUGGCGGCGGGCGGCGGCGCGCGCUGCUCCCGCGCGGGGGCGGCGGCGCUGCGGGCCGGCGGGGGCGCGCUGGACGCCGCCGCCGCCGCCGCGAUGUGCCUCGUGGUCGCCGCCCCACAUGCCACCAGCCUGGAUGCGAGUGGUGCACUGCUUUUAUGGCGGUAUCGUACCGAGCGCGGUAUACCCCCGCUGCUGGUCCGGUGGGGCGCGGUGGAGGGCGCCACCGCCCCCGCAGCCAACAUGUCCGGGGGCGGCAACGCGGGGGGGCGCGCGCCCCGGCUGGUGUGCGCGCUGGCGGCGCUGCACGCGGCGCGGGGGGGCGCGGGGGCCGCGGGGGGCGCGCGCCUGCCGUGGAAGGACUGGAUUCAACCGGCUCUCGACUUCGCCAGUGAGGGCAUACCAAUAUCAGGUCCGUUGUCCGCGGCCCUGUCGCUGGUGGGGUCGGCGCCCCCCGCCCCCGCGCCGCUGCCGCGCCCCCGCCUCGCCGCCGCGCUGCUGCGCCUGCAGAACAUGACCGCCGACGAUGUGUUGUCGUGGUGUGGCGCGGGCGAGGCAGUGACGGUGGAGCGCGCGACGGGCGGCGCGGUGAACGUGACGGCCGAGGCGGGGGCGGGGGGUGCAAGGGGCGCGGGGGGGCGCUGGCUGCUGUGGGCGCCCCCGGGGCCAGCGCGCGCGCUGCUCGGCGCUCUCGCCGCCUCCGCCGACCCCGCGCCCUCCGAGCUCGAUCCUAUUGACGCCGCCAUCUACAGGGCAUCGUUGACUCUGAAUGAGACGCUGUCGGGCGCGCACGCCGGCCCCGCCAGCGGGCUCGCCGUCGUCGACUCCGGCGACGUGUACGUGGCGCUCGUCACAGGACUGUCAGUCUGGUUCGGCUCAGAGGCAUUAGCAGGAAACCCGCUCUCAGAGGGGGGCGCGGACGCAGCGGGGGGCGCCACCGGGCCGGGGGAGGGGGCGGAGGCGGGCUGGGUGCGCGACGAGCCCGUUGUGCCGCUGGACCUCGCUCCGGCCAUGCUCGUGCAGGAUCUAGUCUGCGGAACUCGCUUCGUGCUGGGCGCGGAGUCGUCGGCGGCGCUGGCGCAGGGCGGCGCGGGGCUGGCGGCGGGGGGCGCGGCGGGCGCGGCGGCCGUGGAGCGCGCGCGCCUGGCCGCCCCCGGCGUGGCGGAGGGGCCGGCCCCCGCCCCCGGCGCCGCGCCCCCGCCGCACGCCGCGCUCAACGUGGUGCUGCAGCGCGGGGACACGCUCGCCUCGCACGCCGACUCGCGCGGCGCCGGCCUCGCCUCGCGCUUCUAGCCGCAGUCACUGCCGCACACUCCUGGCCGCGGCCACCAGACCACCAGCACACGCGGGCCGGCCGCGGCGGCGCAGCGUCCACUACCGAGAGGGCUCUCUGCACUCAACAAUGUUGCAACGAUCAACGAUGGAGUGCCCAUAUCACUAACUGCGGUUCAUCAUCAAAUACUCACUGCCACUAAUUCCUACAACUGAAACCUUCAGCUUAGGCCUGAACAACAUGGCGUUGAACCUACUUAUCUAGUUACGUACUUAUAUAAUUAAUAUCUAAAUAAACUAUUUAUUUUGCACCAUCA